AUGUCCCCCAGCCUGGGUACUUCCAACCUAGGAGACCUAGAUUCAAAUGCCAACGAGGACCAAGGCAGUGAUAUCAGAGACAUCACUAAUCAAUCUCAACACCCUUCCUGCUGGUCUGAGGCCAUGAUCCACACCUACAGCCAAUCCAGUGCAGACAGCAUGGAUCAAUUUUGGCAGUCUUUGCUCCCAGAUUUGGACGUUGUAGCCACAGAAGACUUCUCCAGUACCAGGUCCUUAUGCCACAAUCAACUGAGCUGGCACAUGAGUAAUGGCCAUUCACCACUUUUACUUGCCAUAAAGUAUAAAAGAGAGUUGAUAGUAGAGACUUUAAUUCAGAGGAAAGCAAAUAUACAUGCUGUUGAACUGAAGGGAAGAACAGUCCUCGUGUUUGCUCUGGAACAUGAAUCAGAACACAUAGCUGAGCUGCUUCUCCAGAAUGGUAUUGAUGUCUCUGCUACAGAUAACUCUGUACAGAUGGCAUUAGCUUUUGCUGCUGCUAGUGAUCAUAGUGGAAUGUCCCCGAAGAAGAAGGAGAAUCACAUCAAGCUUCUAAUGAAUCAAGGAAAGAGGGCAAAAUAUUUGAAGGAUGCCUUUUGCUGAACUGCUCAUUGAUUUGAAAUUAUGGAGCUUUUUCAUAUACUCUCUACUUUGUUUUUAUUAUUAUAGAAGCAAACACUGACACUAUGGAACCAGAAGUCAGAACAUUACCUGACAACUGUAAUGCUGAUCAUAAAAAGAAAAAGGUGGUUGAAACCACUCUUGUAGAACACUGCAGCAUAAAGAACAAUCCAGGUUUUCUCUUCAUAAUAGUUGACCAAAAGGUAAAAUUAAAAAGAUUUUUCUCAAAUUUUUUUACAUAUCAUCUCUCAUAUGCACAUAAUAAUGCAAAACAACCUAGAUAUAAGUCUAAGGCCUCAGGGUUCUAAUAACAAGGAUUGCAACAGUUGUGGUUUAUGUAUAGAAUCAACAUUUGUAGAAUAUGGUGGGAGUAGUCAAUUCUGUGGUAAGUCAUCAUAUAACAAAAGAAUCAGAAUGCAAGCCAAAAAUAUGGCUAGGUUAAUAUAAAUAGGAAGAAUU